AUGUCUUUUUAUGGUUCUACUUUUUCAAAUGAAACACUAUGCAAUGAUGGGCGACAAAUACGUCCUGCUCGUCAUAUUGCUUGUCCACAACAUAUUAAAGAUGGAUAUAUUCCUUAUGUUGAAGAUUCAGCUUAUGUUAGUCCAUCAGCAUAUGAGAAUCCAUUAAGAAAGACAAAUCGUUUUGGUCUAUGUAUUCAUGAAAAACUCUGUAUAGAUAAUAUAACACAUGAUUGGCGCCAGGAAUUGAUAGGAUUAGCUCAACAAGUUCAAUCAUCAUUAUCACAUCUUAAUGAGUCACACCAAUCUCGAUCAUCUCGUUCAACACAAUAUCGUUCAAGAAGAGGUACUAGUUCUGUACCAAUUUAUCAUUUGGACGAAGAUAACGAACAAAAUAAUUAUAAAAAAUUAUUGAAUCGACGUCCAAAUACACGUCAUCAAUUUUCGCCUGUAACAAAAUCUAAAAUAUCGAUUAGUGCUAACGAACAAGAAUCAUCAACUAACAACGAAAAUCAAGAUUCCGGUAUAUGGUUGCUUCCAAUUCUUUGUCAUAUAUUACAUGUUGAUAAUAUCAAUGAAGCACAAGAUUGGCUUGUUAAUGCCAAUGUGACUGAAAAACGUUUAGCAAUGGAAUUAAUCAGUAGAACUAUGCAAGAUAUGCAAAACCAUGAAAACUUAAUCGUAUCUGAUAAAUCAAUUUGUGAUCAAUCUCCAACGACAUCAAAUUUAUAUAAUCUUUAUUGGCCAUACAAAUUUUGGCAACAUCAACAACAAUCAAAAUUAAUUAUUGAUAAUAAUGAUACAUGUGAACGAGCAACAUCACCAGUUCGAAUUCUUACACCAGCUAAACGAUUAUCAACAUCAACUUUAAUUGAUCGAGUACAAACUGCAAACGAAAGAGCAUCAACUGCAACGGAUCGAUCAUCAACGGCUUCCAUCUUUAGUCGAUCAAAUCCAACUCCACAGAAAAGUUCUACACCAUAUGUAACAGAAACAUGGCGUCCUUAUUCACGAUUCUUAACACCAAUGUCACCAAAUACUAGUGAUCGUUCAUCACGUCGUAGUCAUCGUAUAACUACUAGCAAAAAUGUAUCUACAGAUAAUGAUAAUAAACCUAUUUCAGCAAAUUUACAUGGUAAAAAUCCACUUAUUUGA